UCCAGGUUGUCCCACUUUGAGUAAUUGAGCUUGCCAACCAUGGUUCCCGUCACUACCUGUCGUGAGCUGUAGUGUUUGAUGGCUGAGAAUGGCCUAGAAAAGUCCGUGCACCUUCUUCAGUUUCUGUCAUCUUAGCCCACGUGCAAAGUUUUAGUCGGUCACAUCUUUUCUUCCUGCCCAGCCCUAAACCUGCAGUCUCACUUCUCACCAAAAGACAAGACAAGGAUGUUCUCGUCACUGACGAGCGCCCUGGCGGGGCUGUCCCUUCGCUCGUCAUCAGCAGGACUCGUUGCGUCCUCAUCGCGAUCUCCGAUUCAUUCGAAUGGGCCAACCAUCUUUGCUAGGAACAAAUCUCAGCUCGCGCCUCGUCGGACAAAGUAUCGCAAGGCGCACAAAGGCCGGGUCCCCAUGCCGACGGGCGGCUCCCUCAAGGGCACGACCCUGAACGAAGGAGAGUACGGGCUGAGGCUUCUGGCUCCCGCUCGGCUCUCGGCGAAACAGCUGCAGAGUGCAGAGACGGCCCUCAAGCGCAAGCUCAAAGUCGUCAAGGGCGCCCAGGUGUUUCUGAGAGUGUUUCCGGAUAUCCCCGUGUGCGUGAAGGGCAACGAGACAAGAAUGGGCAAGGGAAAGGGCAGUUUUGAGUUCUGGGCAUGCAGAGCACCGGUCGGGCGUGUCAUUUUUGAGGUCGGAGGACCAGUCGAGAUUCGACCAGAGGUGGCAAAGGAGGCACUCCGACUGGCAUCGGCCAAGCUGCCUGUCCCGACGGAAUUCCUCACGAGGAGCACCGCACCGAGGCUGGGGAACCUCGUGGAGACUUCCAUUCCGGCGAGAAGUGCAGCGGCCAGAGGAGGCGCAGGUAUCGUCGAACCUGCGCCUGCACCUACGUCCGUUCAAGCUACCGCUUCUGAAGCUUCGGCCACGGCUGCCACUGCAUAAUGACAUUUCUCCUCAUCUGUAUACAUAAUAUAUGAAGGAUUCGUCCAGACGAAAGUCGUACCCUUUGUAGUGCGAAUGUGGCAC